CCUCGAUCGGCCCUCACCGAGAGCCAAUUUGCAUUCCAGGGCGCAUGAUUCACGUCGUGUCGAAGGACAAUAUCGCGAGGGCCCCACGCAUGACAGUGGAGGGCUGGUCCAGUGCAAUCCCCUCAAAUACGCAAAAGUUCAGGGUCAUUCGAUGGGCGAAGUCGGGGGCGAAGAAGGUCCUGAGUUACAUGUGCAUCCUCCUGCUCGUCGUCGAUGUGAUCAGCAACAACUGGGAAGUCAUCGACUACAUCGCCAACGCCAAGCACCUGCUCACGCCCCUCCUCGACGUGAACUCUCCGACCGACAUGCUAGCCCAGUACUCGUUCCCAGAGAUGGCGUCCCCGCUGCGGGCGUCCAAAGUCGGGCGGUUCAUGAUCAAUUCGUCGUUUGCGAGCAUUCAAGCGCGCGACAGCUCCACCUUCAUGCUAGGGACAACAACCCACGACAUUGUUGGCAAAGCCAACGACAUCUGCGGCCAACUCGUCGACAAGUACCCCGUUACGGACCUGAACGCGACCACGAUGCAGCUCGGCAGUGUCGUCGACAGCAUCACGUUUAUUCGGGGAAAUGUUCUCAGCCAUUGGUUUGGCGACUCGAAGACGGCCCCGAGGGCCAUGACCUCCAUGAACGAGACCCAGUUGCGGGCAAUGGGCUACGCCCCUGGCAGACUCAGCACGGACCUUCGGCUGACCACUCCCGUCGCGAUUCCCCCGCCGGGUCAAAACACUACCGCCAGCAUCUCCAUGUAUCGGUACUUUAUGAAGGGGUUUUGCUCGGGGUGCGUGCCUGGUACGGAGCUCGGCCUCGACACUUGUGUGAUCGAGUAUUCCUUGAACGCCGAGACCAAGUCCCUCGACGUCUAUUCAAGCAAGGCCAUCAUGGGUGGGACCCACGAGCUGGGCUUUAUCUUCUUACGACGAGGGGGCCCGAUCCUCGCGCUCUACACGCGCUUUUUCACGCUGUUGCUUCUCUUUGGCGUGUAUGCCGCGAGCCAAAAGACUGUGCAGUGGGUCGACUUUGUCCAGCAAACCGUGCCCCAACGCCUGGUUCGACUGAUUGCCCCGCCACUGUACCGACAGCCGUGCUCGAUCCUCGGGCUGAGCGACAUUUGCUUCAACAGCGACGUUUUCGUUGUGCUGUACUCCCUCGCCGUUCUCGGGGACGAAGAGAUCAGCAUGGUGUACUCGAGAGUGCUGAAUCGAUGGUACGUCAACAGUUCGUUCAAUCUGUGGAUCGAGCUGCGCCUCAUGUCGAUGACGGUGCGGUGGCUGUGGCUCAACUGCUUUCUCCUCAAACUCGCCAAGUGGAUCUGCCAUUUCGUGAGCAUGGCGCAGUACACGGGCGCGAACCGCGUCAUGGGAUGGCUCAACUUUAGCUCGGUCUCGUGGAUGUACCUGAGCGUGUGUGUUUUGUUUGAACGGAAUGACUUUAUCGAGUUUGGCAACUCGGUCAAUGUGGACCUGCACUCGACGACCCAAAACUUGGACGCGACCUAUGUCUUGUUGUUCGAGAGCUGGUACGUGCGCGGCCUUCCGGCGCUUGCUGUCAUGGUCGUUGGCAACCUGGCGGUGCUGCUGGCGGUCGACCACGUUGUGAAUCGAAAAUGGUGGGUUGCCAUGGCGCACAACUCGCUCGGCCGACAGCUCAUCUACAACUCGACGUCGAUCUUGGCGGACUUUCGCGGGACAGUGUUUGAAAAGCCUGGGUACGCCGGGACGUGCGUCAAGAUGAAGAUUCGCGCGUGGUGUACGCUCCGAUGGUUCCUCUCGAGCCAUUUGACGUGCCUCGGCCUGGCGGAACAGCCCAGCGUCAUGCGGGCCAUGCGAGGGACGGCGACCGCAACUACGCACAAGUCCAAGUCGCCAAAACGCCACGGAAGAGAUGACAUGUCGUCGACGGACGACACGGACGAAUCCCACCACGUCAAACCGAUCCCGGCCGUGCAUCCACACGACGAAGAAGACGACGACGGGACGUCGCAAUGCGAGACUACACCCACGAGCAUGGAACUCCACGUCGUCGUGCAAGACAGGGAAGGCCAUAUACAUGUGAUCGACGGCGAGAAGCGCGAGAUGCAGGCGCUAGCCGUCGAGGUCAAAAUCCUUCGCGAUGUAUACCUCAAUUUGGGGUGACAAGCACGCCCCUUCGAGGUCCAUGGAUGUUUCGUGAAUGUAUUGUUUAGUACACCAGGAGCUCGCCUCCCAAAUCGCGCC